AAUGAGGCCCCCUUCUCAUUGAACGCUGAUACCUGUGAUAUCAGGAACUGGUCUAGUUGAGGGCCACGCGUGAAAAAAAAAAAAACCAAACAGUCCUUGCAUUCGACAUGGCCAGAUUUCUGUUGCUAUUGAGCGCGAUUACUUCAAUCUUUUGUCAAGGUGUAAUAGCCAAAUUACGUUGUUGCGGUGGAUUUUCCGCGCAGCAAGAAGAACAACUGAGGAAUCUACUGAAACAAGAGGCAGGGUCGUUGAGACAGGGCAUGCAAAUGAUGUGUCCUAGAAGUCCAGGUAAGCUAUAAACAAGAACUUGUCUUUCAGUUUGCCUUGCUUAUCAGACCGUUUGUCAAAAAAUAAAAGUGCUUUCAAUCAAGGCGAAUAUUCUUGGUUAAAAAGACAUCUGAUUACGAGCAAACUACAGUUUGAACUUAUUCCAUUCUCGAGGGAUUUCUUUAACGAGGCACGUCUAGAAAGAAAGGCGUUUAGGACCAGUUGAGCUUAAAGAAUUUCUGAUAUGCUGACAUUUCUUGACUAUUUUACUCUCAAAUUUGUUUUACACAUCCAACUGAGGAUAACAAGAAAACUUUUUCUUAGGUUCAUAGAGACAUGCGGGCCAAAUUCAGAGUUCAGAGUCGAAAUAUAAUUAUUGCAAGGCUGCCAAAAUCAUAUUGUAUUUGUUUUUUAGCUUUUAUAUCGGGAACGUUUCAAACGGUUAGUUUGUAAUCCAUUAUAAUCCUUUCCAAUCUUAAUUACUAUCUUUCCUUGCACCUCAGUUGAUCAUUUGGUCAAGGUUCAUUUUAGUCAAGCGGUAGCUCCAUUUGAAGUCAAAUUUAGUCUUGUAAAUCGAGCCGACUUGAGCUGUGAUCAUGGGGAAUAAACACUAGAUAAGAUCUACAAGAAGAUUAAAAAAUAACAGUAUACUUUAUAGAUGCCGUGUAAAAUUGACUUAGGGAGAGAAAGAUGGUUACUUUGUAGCUUUUCGUCCGAUAAAGAGAAAUGAUAUUUUUUAAUCACGAGCGUGAGACAAAUAAAAACCUAAAUUUCCCACGAGAAUUAGAGCUAGAUCCUCCAACUCUGAGCUCCAGAGUCCUCGAUUGUGAGCAAAGUUCUUUACCAGGUUCGUAUUGGGACAAGCGUCUUGUUUACUUCUAGGAUCAGCAACGUCAAGAAUUGGCUUCUUUCAAAACGUGCAAACGCUUGUAAAAUGUUUAUGUGGGCAUGGGCUAUUCAGACUGUGAUUGGCACUUGUCAUUUGUCUAUCGUCUAUUUGCAAAAAUUCAAUAAACCUCCGAUUCUUUGUUCGCCUCUCGAAUAAUUACCAACAAUUGAAAUAUACGAGCUCACAACGAAGGAAUGGCCUUGAAAUAGGCAGUGACAAUCAUUGAAGAGAAUUGCAAACGCUUUUAACCAGAUUGAGGAGACCUUCCCAGGUUGUUCUCGGGGAGACUUUAACUUGACCAUGCCAAGAUCGACUGAAUGGUUAUUAUUAUUAUGUUGCAGCUCUAUCUAACAUCCUGUUAAGCUUUCAUGAAAAUAACAAAGAUGACAUAACUUUUUCAUUUCGUUUUCAGGCAAAUGGCGAAAAUUAAAUGUGACCAACGCCUGCUUCAGUGCAAAUCAAAGUAAACCUGGAAUCUUCAUUAUCCCACAGGAGGGAUUUGUCGUCGCUCUCAAAGUUGCCCAUAUCAGUGGGAAAGUCACGUGUGAGAAAGACGACUUUCAUUCUAAACACGCACAUGGUUCGUUUUACAGCAAGUGGGGUUGCUCAAUAAAUCAUCCUUCCAUCGGAACCACUCCCUUGGGGACCUUCAUCACCACGGCGUCCAGAGAAAUCUUAUUCCCACGUGAAAAGUUUAUCCGGGACAAGGCGAUGUCUACCUGGUACGCACUUCCGGGAUUCGGGCCAGAUUCCCCAUUCCUCGUUUUCCAAGACUUCUCCAAUCCAGAAUAUUUCCAACACGGCCAAGAGCUUCAACUGUGGUACGGCGAAGUGCUGAAAGGGGUCAGUGUAAAUGACAAUGAUGGCAAAACAUGCGCUGAAGUUUAUGCCUGGUAUCUCUAAAGAACUGGAGUUAAUCUUUAAUGAAAUUUAUUGCAAUGCCUUUUAAAACUUUGCAGGGAUUAAGUUGAGGUACUUAGACCUUGAGAUACUGACCCUAAACUUUCUGAGAUCAUCAUUUCCAAUCUUUUUCAUCCGUCACCAUCAUUGUCAGUUCUUUUCAGAUUUAUUCUUACCAUUCAAUGCGGUAUUUUCUUUCUUAUCAUGCUAGUAUUUUGUGGUUCUUUAUGUGACGAGGAAAAUUUUGCAGGACGAAUGAAAUGACUUACAUAUUCAACUUCUGUGGCAACUUGAAUCGUGUAAAGUAGUGAACCAGCCUGAAAAAUUUUCGAUCGACAUUUCUUUAUUUUAUCAGAGGAAGGAUCAGUCGAAGGUCAGCGCCAUAAUGCAGCAUAGUUACGCUUGUCUCUUCACUACGCAAACCGCUUUGCAAAAAAACUGGUCUCGCGAUAUGGAGCCAAAAAAACGUGCAAUUUUUGCAGCCUUUUAAGUCAUUUUAUGGCUGCAAUUCUAGAAGAUCGGAUUAUGUAAUGAUCAUAUCUAAUGAUAGAUAUGGAAAAAGUUGCCGCGAAAAUUGUAAUGCUCUGCCAAUGUUAUUCUUACGAAAGCCGUUUAAAGUUAAUUUCAGAAGCGUUUUAAUACUGGGAUCAAUUUACUUUAAGAAGCAACAGAGUUAAAUUGCAGUUUCCGAUUAGAGGAUUGAAUUUAUAUGAUUAUAGGAUUGAUGCAAGUAAGAGCUAUUAAUUGUUUCAGAAGCACCUUUUGAAAACAAAUAAAGCCGCAUUAUUCAAG